UGACCACUAUGAAAUUCGAAAUAAUCGACCAAUAGAAUAGGCCUUAGGCUUUCUGUUCAUACCAUCAUAUCGUCAAAGAUGCAAUAUCCGACUAUUUAUCAAUCUAAGGACUAUACAAUGAUCCCAAUAAUCAACCGAAUUCGACUAAUUGGGCGUUACAAUGAACAGAGGGUCUUGAAUCUCAAUUUUUGCUGACAGUCAUGAAUAAUGAAUCUACCUGAUGCUAAAAAAUAAUGUAAUUUUCAUUGACAAAGCAUAGCAUCUGUCAUUUUUGAUAUUCUUUACUAUAUUCUUCAGUAUGGAUGUUUUUUUUGGGAAAUCUCUUAUAAACAGAGAUGGGGAGAGAUUCAGUGCCAUGGAAGUUCUGGAAAAUAAACAAGUUUAUAUACUACUUUUUGCCUCUUCCAAAUGCAAAGGAAUUAAAGAACUCAUGAACUUACUAAAAGAAGUUUAUAAGGAAGCUUUCAAGCACCGUUGCGGCUUUGAAAUAAUACUGAUUGCGUCAGAGAAAAGUGCUACCGAUUUUGAUUAUUUCUUCCGGCGGUUGAGUGGACCUUGGUAUGCAGUUCCAUUUGAAGAUGCCACCAAAAUGGAAACUAAUGCUGAGGAAAUACGUUGGAGGUUCGGAAUUUCACACAUACCUUUUAUAGUGGUGGUGAAACCGGAUGGAACCUAUAUCUCACGAAAUGCACUGCAGGACUUGGAAAAUCUUGGUCUCAACGUUGUUGUGGCUUGGAGCGAUUGAAAUACCAAAUAUUUAUUCGAUAUAUACAUGUAAUUGUUCAUUAUCUGACGUAUGUUAGAGUAUACUAACAGUAAAUGUUUCUGUUUAAACUGUAAA